AUGAAGCAAUCACAGCAAUCGUCACCGCCUCGAACGCUGGCGAACGCCCUGGCCCUGGCCUUGCUGCUGCUGCUGCUGCUGUUCCCCAGCAGCUCCCGGCAGUUCGAGACAGACUGCGGCUGUCGUCCGUCGUCGCGGCGAGGACCUCGGAUCAUUUCUGGUGCGACGACGAACGAAGGCCAGUUUCCCUGGCAGGCAUCGCUGGAGCUACUGCAUCCGUCACUGGGCUUCCUGGGGCACUGGUGCGGAGCCGUUCUCAUCCAUCAGUACUGGAUACUGUCUGCCGCCCAUUGCGUGCACAACGAUCUCUUUAACCUUCCCAUUCCUCCGCUGUGGACCGUGGUUCUGGGCGAGCACGAUCGGGAUGUGGAGUCGGGCAAUGAGCAGCGCAUACCCGUCGAGAAGAUUGUGAUGCAUCAUCGCUAUCACAACUUUCGGCACGACGUGGUGCUCAUGAAGCUCUCCAAGCCGGCAGAUCUCGCUCGGGCCUCCAACAUUCGACGCAUUUGUCUGCCCUUCAUGCUGACCGAGUCGCAGGAUGAUUCGGCUCUGACCGCCCCAGCCACAACGUCAGAGGAUGUGCUUAGCCAGCAGCUGGAGCUGGAGGAUGUGCCCGAGAAGAUAGAUAACUUUCUGCGCAGCGUCCAGAGUCGACGGCGCUACCGGAAUGUGACUUCCCCCAGCAUGAGGGAGCUCAUGAACAUGAAGAUCCUAAGUCGGAUGCGCCAGGCUCUUGCACAGCGCUCCUCCCCGCGCAGCCUGAAGCGCACGCGACGGCGCAACGACAAGCUGAUGAAGCUGGACCCAAGGCCUAUUGGAGACUCUGUUGAACAGAAAUAUCUCAAGCCGAACGGCGGGGACAGCGACCCGCGCGAGAUGGCCUUCGUUGACUGUGUGGCCACCGGCUGGGGCAAGGCCAACAUCAGUGGUGAUUUGUCCAGCCAGCUGCUGAAGACGCAAGUUCCUUUACACCAGAAUGGCAGGUGCAAAGAUGCCUACGGCAGCUUUGUUAACAUCCAUGGCGGCCAUCUGUGCGCCGGCAAGCUGAACGGUGAGGGUGGUACUUGUGUUGGCGACUCCGGUGGACCGCUGCAGUGUCGCCUCAGCCACAAUGGACCCUGGAUAUUGGUCGGGGUCACCUCUUUUGGGUCGGGCUGUGCCCUGGAGGGCUUCCCGGAUGUUUACACUCGCACAUCGUUCUACAUGAAGUGGAUAGAAGACACAAUUGCCUCUCAUUAACCGAUCAAAAGGAU